AUGGAAUGCUCGGUGCUAUGUCUGUUGGCCGCUGCGGUACAUUUAAGUCGUCUCGACGACGUUAUGUAUACGAAAUAUUGCAUUGAUGUUCGAACAUUGACGGUAAAAUGUAAUGAGAACAUCGAGGAAUGUGCUGAACAAACGCCGGGUGAACUGCUAUACUGUUUAACCAUCAAUGAAUAUUACUCGGAACGUGUAGACAAUCAUAUACGUUGCCUGUCGCAUAAAGAUUUUCCACUUUCCAGACGGGAAUUGCUGGAUACUUAUGAAAUGGGAUUCUGUGAUUGGCAUACCACAAAAAAAUGUCAAUGUUUUAAACCGCAUCAUCAAACUAUUACCACUACCGCUAUGGCAACUACGAUCACUAACGAUGACACAGUUAUUGACAACAACAACAGUGCAAUUGAAAAAAAUUUUAAUUUUUCAAGUCACAACCACAGAGAGACCACAACGAGUGUUAAAGCUAAAAAAUAUCUACGUUUUAAACCGGUUUUACAAAAGGUAGCAAAUUCAUCAACAUUUCUGAGCCCAAAAAUGUUUGCAUUAUAUAUUCGAAACAGUUCGUCGACAACAGUGUCACUGACAAUGACCCUUUCAUGUAUUGUUUUGUUGUAUGCAGCUGUGAUACUGUCCAAGGAAUCCUAG